AUGAGUGACAAGAUUCCCUCGUGGAAUGUCGUCCACAAGCUAGAGAAGCGCCGGCUUCUCAUUGGCAUCAACUCUGUGGCUGCUCUGUCCAUUCUGUUCUUUGGAUACGACCAAGGAAUGAUGUCCGGUGUUAAUAACUCCAAGAACUACAUUGACCUUAUGAAGUUCGGUCACACCGAAGUGAUAGAUGGCGAGGUAACACCAGUGGUCACGAAUUCUCUGCUGCAAGGUGGGAUUGUUUCGGUAUACUAUUUGGGAACGCUUUUCGGCGCCUUGUUCGGUGGUUGGCUUGGAGACCGCAUGGGCAGAAUCAAGAGCAUUGCGGCUGGCUCUGUUUGGGCUAUUGUGGGUGCAGCGCUGCAGUGUUCAGCCAUGAACCAUAAUUGGAUGAUUUGCGCCCGUUUUGUCAAUGGUAUUGGAACCGGUAUCUUGAAUGCUAUCGUCCCCGUUUGGGCUACCGAAACGGCCGAGCACACUUCGCGUGGGCAGUUCAUUGCUAUUGAAUUUACCCUCAACAUCUUUGGUGUUGUGUUGGCCUAUUGGUUGGAAUUCGGCUUGGCUUUUGUCGAUAAUGGAGAAUCCGCCCUGCGCUGGAGAUUCCCUAUCGCAUUUCAAAUCAUCUUCCUGAUCGUUCUACUUGCGGUUGUCUGGUUCUUCCCGGAGUCGCCUCGAUGGCUUGUCAAGGUUGGCCGAGAGGACGAAGCCCGCUACAUCCUCCAGCGUCUGCGUGGAUCUAGCGGAGAUGACCUGAUUCGAGCAGAAGCUGAGUUCCAGGACAUCCUGAGCAUUGCAGAGCUAGAGCGCACAGUGAAUCAUGGGGACUCGUAUUGGUCUAUGUUAGUUGGCUACAAAUCUGGUGAUCUCCACAUCGGCCGCCGUGUACAGCUGGUCAUUUGGUUACAGAUCAUGCAAGAAUGGGUUGGUAUUGCAGGUGUUACCGUCUAUGCUCCAACGAUCUUCGGUAUUGCCGGAUUUGACUCGAUGAAGAGUCAGUGGAUCAGUGGAUUGAACAAUAUCUUCUAUAUGUUUGCCACGCUAGUCUGUGUCUUUACUCUCGACCGUAUUGGUCGUCGGUGGACCUUGUAUUGGGGUGCGGUUGUGCAGGGCAUUGCUAUGUUCCUUGCCGGUGGAUUUUCCCGACUCGCUAUCGACGCCAAGGCAGCUGGGGAGAUGGGCAAGGCAUCUUCGUAUGGUGCCGCUGCAGCUUCGAUGAUUUUCAUCUUUACCUCCGCAUUCGGAGCUACAUGGCUUACAGUUCCAUGGAUUUACCCGGCUGAAAUCUUCCCGCUGGCCGUCCGUGCGCGCGGCAACGCAUUUGGUGUCGUCGGAUGGAGUAUUGGAAACGGAUGGCUGACUUUACUAUGUCCGGUCAUGUUCAGCGCUAUCGGCGAGAAGACUCUUUAUGUUUUCGCGGCCAGUAAUGUGAUCGCACUCCCCAUGGUGUGGGCUUUCUAUCCAGAGAGUAACCAGCGCACGUUGGAAGAUAUGGAUCUUCUGUUUGCCGCAGAUACACCAUGGACCUGGGAUGCGGAGAAGACCUUUGCCCGCCUCAAGGCAGAGAACCCGGGUAUGGUCCAGACCCUUGACCGCAAGGGCAGUGUGGUGGACCCCGAGACUGGAAAGUCUGUUUCUAUUGGUGCUGCUGCGGCCGCUGCGGUCUCCAAGGCUGGUGAUAAUGUCACAGGGGCAGAGCAUGUGGAUCACGCUUAG